AUGUCCGCUAACAUUUCGCACGGUCGUGGCGGUGCGGCCAAUAUGAGACCAGAUGACACGCCGUAUGCUGAUGGUGAAAUCACUCGUGAGGGUCCAGUCGGCAAUCAAGGAGAUGGUCCAUACUCAGCUGGCCGAGGAGGUGCAGGCAACAUCGACCCAGAUGGUGUCAAUGCCAGACAAGUAGGAGAUGAGAUGAUCGUUCCCGAGACAGCUGUUCGACCAUCCAAGGAAAACGAGAAUGUUCACUACGGUCGUGGUGGCGCAGGUAACGCGGUUCACGCCGACAGCAAGCCCGUGCAGAAGACUGUUUCACAGUACGGAUUCGAUAAGAAAGUGCCUCAUGAUAGCUUCAAGGACAAGGUCAAGGAGAUAUUCCACAAGGACAAAUAA